UUGCGCAGAAGCUGAUGAUUAACAGAAGAUCAGGUGCUAGAGUUUCUCAUAUCAUUCGGAGUGAUGAUGAUGAUGAUGAUGAUGAUGAUGAUGUAGAGCCUGAAGCUCGCGCGCAUGAAUCAGUGAUAGAAGUAGAGUUGUUUCCAGGAGGGAUGCACGAUUUUGUCUUCAACUUUGCAGUGAAUCAGUUUUAUCGGGGCUGGAAACAAAGUGUCCGGAUGUUUGAGGACUCGUGCGCUCUUACGGCUGAACUUAUGCGUCUGGAAUAUUUUCUUAAUAUGACAGAGGGACGUGAUUCUGGAUUCAUGAGCAGGUUUGACUGACGGUACAAAAGUAGCUGUACAAAAUGUGCGAAAAAGGCGACAGUCACUUUGGAAAGGACGCUCUUCAGACAGGACCGACGACGAAAAGUAACAUGGAUCACGUUGAAAUUUCCGAAUGCAGAGACAUGAACACUGUUCCCAUCUGUAGUAACACUCGUUUGUACAGGAGAAGGUGGCUCAUUCUGUUCGUCUUCAGCUCAAAUUCACUGUGCAACGCGUUCCAGUGGAUCCAGUAUGGAAUCAUCAACAACAUCUUCAUGAAAUUCUACAGCGUCUCUUCAUUCGCCAUCGACUGGCUGUCAAUGGUCUAUAUGUUGACUUAUAUCCCCUUCAUAUUCCCUGUCACAUGGCUGCUGGAGAGGAAGGGGCUCCGGGUGAUCGGUCUGCUCGCAGCCUCCAUCAACUGCGUGGGAACGUGGAUCAAAGUGGCCAGCGUUCAGCCCAGCCGUUUCUGGGUCACUAUGCUCGGACAGUUCACGUGUUCCUUUGCUCAACUGUUCAUUUUAGGGAUGCCGUCUCAGGUCGCGUCCGUGUGGUUCGGUUCUGAUGAAGUGUCCACCGCCUGCGCCAUCGGCGUGUUUGGAAACCAGCUUGGUAUUGCUAUUGGCUUCUUGCUCCCGCCCGUUCUUGUGCCCAACGUGGAUGACAUCAGUGAACUGGCUCAACACAUCAGCGUCAUGUUCUACAUCACCGCCGGUGUGGCCAGCCUCAUCUUUGUGCUGGUUGUGUUCGUGUUUCAAGAAAAACCCAAAACCCCUCCGUCUCUGGCUCAGGUGGCGCUCAGAGACAUGCCCAUGGGACAGAACUCAUACAUGGCUUCAAUCUCAAGACUUUUCCGCAACAAGCCCUUCAUCCUCCUCCUCAUCAGCUACGGACUGAACGUUGGAUGUUUCUACGCCGUUUCCACACUGUUGAACAGGAUGAUAAUAGAGCAUUACCCCGGUGAAGAGGUGAAUGCUGGGAGAAUUGGCUUGACUCUUGUCAUUGCUGGCGUGGUGGGCUCUCUGAUCUGUGGAAUUUGGCUAGACAAGACCAAGACUUAUAAGCAGACGACUCUCUCAGUUUAUCUGCUGUCGUUUGUGGGGAUGGUGAUCUACACCUUCACCCUGAACCUGGGUCAUCUGUGGGUCGUGUUCCUCACAUCAGGAGCGCUGGGGUUCUUCAUGACGGGUUAUCUGCCGCUGGGUUUUGAGUUUGCAGUGGAGCUGACGUACCCAGAGUCAGAGGGAACCUCGUCAGGACUGCUCAACUGCUCAGCACAGAUGUUUGGAAUCGCAUUCACCAUCAUUCAAGGCAAAAUCAUCGAUCACUUCAGCACACUGGCCGGCAACAUCUUCCUCUGUGUGUUCCUCCUCAUCGGCUUCAUCAUGACAGUGCUUAUAAAAUCUGACCUGCGGCGACAGAAGGCCAACCAAAAGUCUCAGACAGAGAUGAAUGCUAACUCAUCCAUACAUUCCCAAGAUGGAAAAUCGUUGCCAGUAAAAGAGGUUAAGAUGUAAAGAGAAACCUUUGGAAUGACACUUUCUUCAGCACAUGCGUACACAACUUCAUCAUAUCCAGAAAUCCUCCUAAAACGUACACAGUAUCCUGAACAAUGACAGCUCAGUUUAAUUGCCCAAUCAUAAGUGAGUUUUUACCUUCAUAUUGCCUGCAGUAUUUAAACUAACCAAUGGUUAGUGCUCAUUACAUUAAAUGCCACAACACGCAGUGGGAAUCAUUCACGAAACACAAUUUUGUAAAAUAUUUUUUUAAUUCACACAAGUAUGGUUAUAUGAACGAUUAUCAUGAAAAUGGUUCUGCUUGUGUUUCAUAAAUGAGGCUUUUAAUGUGUUGGUAAAUAUAUCAUGUUUGCAUGAUGGUUUCUUAGGUCUGACCUAAUGUUUUUAUUACUAGAGUAUUAAUAUAGUACAAGUGUCUCUGUAACAGACGCAUCUAGAUCUGAUUCAAGAGAUCUCAGUCUGUGUUCAGGUUGUUGAUGCUGGACAUCACAAUAUUAUUAUGGAAGGUCAAAGUCCUUCAAUAAAACCAUCAACGGAAACUGAAAACUACUUGAAUGUGCAAGAACAUCAGUCAUGUGAUCAAUGAAGGACGUGUGAUGCUCAUGUCUUACAUAAUGCAAUACUAACAGACUGCAGCAGGACCCGACAACCAUACAGUACACUUUUCAUAGAAAAGCAAAGACAGUAAAACGAGGAGCAUAUUACUAACAUUAACUGACAGUAAAGAGAGAGAGAGAGCACUUCUGUUGCAUGCUCUUGAUUGCUGAUUGCUCACUCAGCACACAUGCAUCAUUUGAAUUAAAUCUAAAUUGUAUGUGCAAUUAAAAACAUGAACUGUUACGGUACAGUAAUCACAUAACGUUUUCAAUAAGUUUUCUGUGCGCACGCCCAGAAAGCUUCCUCUCAGACAGCACGCGAUUAGCCUAUUAAAGGGAUAGUUCACCCAAAGAUUCAAAUUAUCCCAUGAUUUACUCACCCUCAAGCCAUCCUAGGUGUUUUGAAGCCAAAAAUA